ACCGCGCACCACCUUUGCCGUCGCCGCCACCGCCGCCGGGCUUUCUCCGGCCGCCGCCGCCACUGCCGCUGCUUCGCGGGCUGGAGGGCCCGGGCGUUCCCCGGCGAGUGGAGGCUGCGGGUGGGAGCCUUCGCGGGCACUACGGAACGGGCCGGGGGAGGCCGGGAUGGAGCCCCCCGGAGUUGACUGAAGCGCAAGCCGGGCUCCAGAGCCUCCCGGCGGAUCUUCGGGCCUUCUGGGGUCGCCGCGGAUGGUCUGAGGGCGGCGCAGACAUGGCUCACCUCAGGGGCUUUGCCAACCAGUCAGAGGACCCUGGGGAGCAGUUUUCUGUGAGAUUUGAAUGCCAGGAUCAGCAUCCAAGAAAGCCUCGCUUUUCAACUCACUGCUGGUGUGAGGGUGUAGCCGUUCUGAGGACCGAUUUGCGGCACUCACGCGUGGACCCCGAGGAGCUCUUCACCAAGCUGGACCGCAUUGGCAAGGGCUCGUUUGGGGAGGUGUACAAGGGCAUCGACAACCGCACCAAGGAGGUCGUGGCCAUCAAGAUCAUCGACCUGGAGGAGGCCGAGGAUGAGAUCGAGGACAUCCAGCAGGAGAUCACCGUGCUCAGCCAGUGCGACAGCCCCUACAUCACCCGCUACUUCGGCUCCUACCUGAAGAGCACGAAGCUGUGGAUUAUCAUGGAGUACCUGGGCGGCGGCUCUGCGCUGGACCUGCUUAAACCGGGCCCCCUGGAGGAGACCUACAUCGCCACGAUCCUGCGGGAGAUUCUGAAGGGCCUGGAUUACUUGCACUCGGAGCGCAAGAUCCACCGAGACAUCAAAGCUGCCAACGUGCUGCUCUCGGAGCAGGGUGACGUGAAAUUGGCAGACUUUGGGGUGGCGGGGCAGCUCACAGACACGCAGAUCAAGAGGAACACGUUUGUGGGCACCCCCUUCUGGAUGGCACCUGAGGUCAUCAAGCAGUCAGCCUAUGACUUCAAGGCCGACAUCUGGUCACUGGGGAUCACAGCUAUCGAGCUGGCCAAGGGCGAGCCUCCCAACUCUGACCUUCACCCCAUGCGCGUGCUGUUCCUGAUCCCCAAGAACAGCCCGCCCACGCUGGAGGGCCAGCACAGCAAGCCAUUCAAGGAGUUUGUGGAGGCCUGCCUCAACAAGGACCCCCGCUUCCGGCCCACCGCCAAGGAGCUCCUGAAGCACAAGUUCAUCACGCGCUACACCAAGAAGACCUCCUUCCUCACCGAGCUCAUCGACCGCUACAAGCGCUGGAAGUCAGAGGGCCACGGCGAGGAGUCCAGCUCUGAGGACUCUGACAUUGAUGGAGAUGCUGAGGAUGGAGAGCAGGGCCCCAUCUGGACCUUCCCCCCGACCAUCCGGCCCAGCCCGCACAGCAAGCUGCACAAGGGGACAGCCCUGCACGGCCCCCAGAAGUCUGCAGAGCCUGUCAAGAGGCAGCCCAGGUCCCAAUGCCUGUCCACGCUGGUCCGGCCCGUCUUUGGAGAGCUCAAAGAGAAGCACAAGCAGAGCGGCGGGGGCGUGGGCGCGCUGGAGGAGCUGGAGAACGCCUUCAGCCUGGCCGAGGAGUCCUGCCCCGGCAUCUCGGACAAGCUGAUGGCUCACCUGGUGGAGCGGGUGCAGAGGUUUUCACACAACAGAAACCACCUGACAUCGACCCGCUGACGCACCAGCUGUCUGCGAGAGGGGAGAGAAGGGUCUUUGUUCUGAGCUCCACAGGACUGCACUGACUCGGACCCCUCGUGUUGUGGCCACGUGGCUGCCGGGUCCAGCCCCCCACUGUUUAGUGGGCUGCCCCACUUCCACUUCCACUUCCCCUACUGGCCGGGCCGAGGCUCCACCCAGUGGGAAGGAGCUGACCGAGAACCUUGCCUUGUAGUGCCACGGAGGCGGCGGGCCCGGUCUUCUCAAGCCCCCCUGGCUGGGCCGCCCCCUCUGGGGCUCACGGGGUGGUGCGGCCGCUCAGACUGAGGAGUGGGAUGUGGGGGUAGAUGUGCCUCUUUCCCCACUCGGCCCGGCCCCUCUCCCUGGCCCGGGGCCCACGAUGGCCCACGGUGGUUGUAGAUUUGCCUUGUGGUGUCGGAUCAGGUACCGUGUCUUCUCAUAAGUACUUGUGUCAGCCAGAAUGUUUUGUUUUUUAAGAAAACUGAAUUUCCUUGCUUCCCUAAAUAUUCUGAGGUUAAGGUGUUAGUUUUCAUAGGACAUUGAGAGGCUCCUGUCACUUUCAAUAAAGACCUGAAUUGGA